AUGUCGGCUCAGGCAGACAUUCAGGAAAAGAUCGCGGCCGCGAGGAGGGAGGCAGAGAUGCUCAAGGAGAAGAUCCGGGCCAAGCGCGAGCAGCUCGCCGACACGAGCCUCCGCGCGAUGGCGGCCGAGAUCGACCCCCUCCCUCGGAUAGCGAUGCGUCCACGACGAACGCUCAAGGGCCACCUGGCCAAGAUCUACGCGAUGCACUGGGCCCAAGACAAGCGGCAUCUCGUCUCGGCCUCGCAGGACGGGAAACUGAUCGUCUGGGACGCCUACACGACCAACAAGGUCCACGCCAUCCCGCUCCGCAGCUCGUGGGUCAUGACGUGCGCCUACUCGCCCUCGGGCAACUUUGUCGCCUGCGGUGGUCUCGACAACAUCUGCUCCAUCUACAACCUCCGCGCCAAGGAGGGCGGGUCGAGCGUCAAGGUCGCCCGCGAGUUGAGCGCCCACACCGGUUACCUCUCGUGCUGCCGCUUCCUCAACGACAGGCAGAUCCUCACGAGUUCCGGUGACAUGAGCUGCAUGCUGUGGGAUGUCGAUGCGGGCGUCAGGAUCAUCGAGUUCAACGACCACACCGCCGACGUGAUGAGCCUGUCCCUCGGACCGAACCAGAACGUCUUUGUCUCGGGCGCGUGCGACACGACCGCAAAGGUGUGGGACAUCCGUACGGGCAAGGCGGUGCAGACCUUCACCGGCCACGAGUCGGACAUCAACGCAGUCUCCUUCUUCCCGAACGGCGACGCGUUCGCGACCGGAUCCGACGACGCCUCGUGCCGACUGUUUGACCUCCGAGCCGACCGCGAGCUGAACCAGUACACGCACGACAACGUUCUGUGCGGAAUCACCUCGGUCGGGUUCUCCGUCUCGGGCCGGCUGCUCUUUGCCGGCUACGACGACUUCAACUGUAACGUCUGGGACACGCUCAAGGGCGAGAGGGUCGGCGUGUUGGCGGGUCACGAGAACAGGGUUAGUUGUUUGGGCGUGAGCGCGGAUGGGAUGGCGUUGUGCACCGGGUCGUGGGACAGCAUGCUCAAGAUCUGGUCCUAG